AUGCGCAUGCUGAAAAAUUAUUAUUUUCAAAAAAAUAAUCUCAUACUUUUCCAGACUUCGCUACCAACUUCUCACCAACGACACUCUGUUUCGAAUGACACUGCUGAAGUUCAAUGCGGAUCAGUUGUUCAUCAAUGGAGAGAAGAUCUGCCCAAUCAUCAAGACCGACAGAUCCAUAUGAAACGACUGUCGAAGCUUCUGGGAAGAAAGAUGACCCACUUCGUGGAGACUCUGAGCGUCAGGAACCUGGAUGUUAUUCGUGGACUUCCAUGGCAAGGACCAAGCAAGUGGCUCCGGUUUGAGGGAUGA